UACUAUAGGGAAUCCUUGUGUCACCUCAGCAGAUUUUGGCAUCAGGCCCUUUGCAGUACAGAACUGGAAAGCAGCUAGAUUUUUUUGAACAGGCUUCACAUUUGUAAAGGCACAUGGUACUUUCUUAUUAAGCCUAUUAUGCUUUUGCAGCCUAAUCCUAUAACUUUGUUGGAGUUACAAUUAUUUGUUUCUAUCCUGCCUUACUAAGCAGAAGCAAUAAAAUGGAGACUGUGCUUGCUGUACUGUUGGUUUCAGCCCCGUUCAAAUGUAUAGGAACAGUAAACAGACCGAUUUCCUGUAAGCUGCCAUCUGCGUUCUGACAUUCAGGAGAAAGUGCUAAUAGUCCGUUUCGCCCCAGAAAUAACCAGUGGUUGUAGCAUAGCCUUUUCCUUCUCACUAGACAUUCUCAAAAGUUGGAAAACUGGUAAGAAAUCUACUUGGCAGAACUUUUUUCCCCCCUCUCUUUUCCACAGUUACUAAAGGCAUGCUUCUGUUUUUUAGGUUUAAAUACAAAGUGAAUAAGAAUGUCAAUAGUCACAAUCCAGCUUGGUCAGUGUGGUAAUCAGAUUGGUCAUGAGGUGUUUAAUGCUAUCUGUGGUGAUGUCCAUGGCACGCAUGGGUUGUGUUCCAAGAAGGAGAAUGAAUCCUACCAUGAUGCUUGCAAAGAACGUUUUUUCAGAGAGGAGGAAUCUGAAGUACCUGUUGCCCGAGCUGUGCUUGUUGACAUGGAACCUAAAGUAAUCAGCCAAACCUUAUCAACAGCUGCCAGGUCUGGCUACUGGAAAUACGAUGGUCGGUCACACUUCUGUCAGAAGCAAGGGUCUGGGAACAACUGGGCAAAUGGUUAUUCUGUUCACGGGCCUAAACACAAAGAAGUAAUAAUGGAUCUGGUACAAAGAGAAGCAGAGAAAUGUGAUCGACUGGGUGGAUUUUUCACAAUAAUGAGCAUGGCUGGUGGUACAGGAUCCGGCUUGGGAGCAUUUGUGACCCAGUGCUUAAGAGAUGCUUUUCCAAGCUCAUUUAUACUAAACCAUGUUAUCUGGCCCUACGGCACUGGUGAGGUCAUUGUUCAAAACUACAACUCUGUUUUGACUCUGUCACAUCUGUAUCAGUCAUCAGAUGCUCUUCUUGUUCAUGAAAAUGAUGUCAUCCACAAGAUCUGUGCUCAGCUGAUGAAUAUUAAACAGAUCUCCUUCAGGGAUGUAAAUCAAGUCAUUGCACAUCAGCUGGGGAGUGUUUUCCAGCCCACUUACACAGCAGAAGGUGGCUUACACUAUAGCAGAAACCCAUUAGGAGACUUAAUGGAGAUGUUAGUUCCACAUCCCGAAUUCAAGAUGUUGGGUCUUCGUAACAUACCUCAGAUGCCUGAAAACUUCCUCGCUUAUAGCACAUUCAGUUGGCCUGGACUCAUCAAACAUUUAAGGCAGAUGCUCAUUGCUAAUGCUAAAAUGGAGGAAGGUAUUGAUUGGCAAGUACGACCACCAUGUCUGGGCUCCUCCAUCCCCUCCAGUCAUUCCACAAACAAGCCGCUGCAUUUCAAUACUUCCGUUGCCAACCUGGUUAUCCUACGAGGAAAAGAUACGCACAGCGUAGACUUAGGAAGUUUCCGAGAUCCCUCAUUAUAUACAUCAUGGCUAAACCCUCAGGAUGCUUUUAAUGCAUGGAAAACACCAAGAUCAUUUAACAAGUACGAAAAGUCUGCUGCUUUGGUCAGCAAUAGCCAGUUCCUGCUGAAACCUCUUGACAGUGUUGUAGGAAAAGCUUGGAAUAUGUUUGCUUCCAAAGCCUAUAUUCACCAGUACACUAAAUUCGGAAUCCAAGAGGAAGAUUUCCUGGACAGCUUCACAGCUCUGGAACAAGUUAUCUCCAGUUACAGCAACCUUUGAUUUUUUUUUAUUUUUUUUUAAUGGUCUGAAAUAGAACUUUCCUGAAAGAACCUAGCACUGGAAAGCCUUCCAUCAACUUCCUGAAGUAUAUCAAUUACUGGACUGUAGCUAUUUUUCAGUCUUGUAAGCAGUGUGUGCAUGUGUUAGAAUAGUAAGAACUGAAUAUAUUCAUAUGGGCAGGUAUUAUUCAUAUUUAAGAUAUCUAAUAAAUAGCUAUUUUUCAAUACAUUUGCUAUGCGCUGUAGCUAAGUCUUUGAACAUAAUUUUUGGCAUUUGGAUAUUUUUCAUAAAGAAUGUCUAUGCAGAAGGAUUUUUCUCCAGGCU